GCUGUGCUCGAGCAGUUGGAGCAGUGCUUGCCACUUUUGUCCCAGAGCCCGCUGACAAUUCCAUCCAAAGACCUUCGACAAAUCAACAGGCUGCUUCGGCACAUGACCUUCAGCGAUUUGCUGACUUGGGCCAGCCAGCAUGCAUCCGUGGACGUGCGUCAUGUGAAACACAUGGGCCAGGUGGCCCGGCCAUAA